UUCCGUCUUCCUUGUUUUGUGUAUGUUUGUGUGUCUUCGCUCGGGCUUCCAUAUUCACCGGACUCGAUGAGAACAACAAUACUAUGGAUCCGGAUAUAGAGGACAAAACCCUGGAGCUGAUGUGUUCUUUGCCUCGUUCUGUCUGGCUGGGUUGUUCUUCAGUGGCAGAGAGUCUGUGUGCUCUCAGAUGCUUGCAGAGUCUCCCCACCUCCCGGGCUCACAACCAGAGCAUGACAGUGAUGGAGUCACAGAAUCACACAGAUGAUGUCUCAACAAUGAAAACGACAGUAUUCAAGUUAGGGAACGGUUCAGUACGGGGUUCGAGGAAGAGAUCAUCUCAGGGGAACUUUGAGAAGGAGAAAGAUCUGUGUAUCCAGGUGUUUGAUCAGUGGUCUGAAUCGGAUCAGGUGGAGUUUGUGGAACAUCUGAUCGCACGCAUGUGCCAUUACCAACACGGCCAUAUAAACUCUUAUCUGAAACCCAUGUUACAGAGAGACUUCAUCACCUCGCUGCCAGCUCAGGGUCUGGAUCACAUAGCGGAGAACAUCCUCUCAUUUUUGGACGCUCGCUCUCUGUGCUCCGCGGAGCUCGUGUGUCGGGAGUGGCAGCGCGUCAUUUCAGACGGAAUGCUCUGGAAGAAACUCAUCGAGAGGAUGGUGCGCACAGAUCCGCUGUGGAAAGGCCUGUCAGAGCGACAUCAGUGGGAGAAAUAUUUAUUUAAGAACCGAGCUAACGAGGUUCCGCCCAAUUCAUACUAUCAUUCACUCUAUCCCAAAAUUAUACAGGACAUCGAGACGAUCGAAGCGAACUGGCGUUGUGGCCGUCACAAUCUUCAGCGGAUUCAGUGUCGAUCCGAGAACAGUAAAGGAGUUUACUGCCUUCAGUACGAUGAUGAGAAGAUCAUCAGCGGCCUGCGAGACAACUCCAUCAAAAUCUGGGAUAAGCAGUCCCUGGACUGUUUGAAGGUUCUGACGGGACACACCGGAUCAGUUCUGUGUCUGCAGUAUGAUGAGAGAGUCAUAGUGACGGGAUCUUCUGAUUCUACUGUCAGGGUAUGGGAUGUUGGUUCUGGAGAAGUUCUAAACACUCUGAUCCAUCAUAACGAGGCAGUUCUGCACCUGCGGUUUUGUAACGGGCUGAUGGUCACGUGUUCUAAAGAUCGCUCCAUCGGCGUGUGGGACAUGGCGUCCGCUACCGACAUCAGUCUGCGGCGCGUGCUCGUGGGUCACCGUGCUGCCGUUAACGUGGUCGACUUUGACGACAAAUACAUCGUGUCUGCAUCUGGAGACAGAACUAUUAAAGUGUGGAGCACCAGCACGUGUGAGUUUGUGCGGACUCUGAACGGUCAUAAGCGAGGUAUCGCAUGUCUGCAGUACAGAGACAGACUCGUGGUCAGUGGCUCUUCAGACAAUACUAUCAGACUGUGGGACAUUGAGUGUGGUGCGUGUCUGCGUGUGUUGGAGGGUCACGAGGAGCUCGUGCGCUGCAUCAAAUUUGAUAACAAGCGGAUUGUGAGCGGAGCAUAUGAUGGGAAAAUUAAAGUUUGGGAUUUACAGGCUGCUUUGGAUCCUCGAGCCCCUGCCAGUACAUUAUGUCUGCGUACACUCGUGGAGCAUUCUGGGCGUGUGUUCCGACUGCAGUUUGAUGAGUUCCAGAUUAUAAGCAGUUCCCAUGAUGACACAAUCCUUAUAUGGGACUUCCUGAAUGACUGCACCAAUGGACAGCCAGAGGGGCAGUCGCCCUCACGGACCUACACGUACAUCUCAAGAUAGCAGUUGCAGUUUCCGUUCUUUUGCAGAAUUGCCCUUUUAGGUGCCUCUUCCAUGUGCCGGUGUGUCCUGGGAGAGCUGAUUGGUCCUUGGCCGUGUCCGUCACAGAAUGGUGUCCAGUGGUCUGCCUCCCCUUUCUGUCUGGCAAAAAAAAAACUUUAAAACACACAAACUGUCACAUAUUCCUGCUUUUGCCCAACACAAAACACACAUUCGAUUACUCAACACACCCACUGCACUAAACAUGUCAAACACUCUUAUAUUCAAAACUCUGUUCUGCAUAAUAUAGUGGACAAGCACAAACACAGAUGUUUAACAGCUUCAAACUGUAUCUAUACCAUCACUGCUGCUCAAAUAACCCUGAGAAGAAGUGGUUCACACAAGCUCUGCUCUAACUGCUCACACGAGAGAUUGGGUUUCUGGGAGUGACAUGUAAACGGACAGAAGUGAGCCAGAAAAGACUUUUAUGUACUGCUGCACGAGAGAAAUGGAUUCGUGAAAUCUGCAGAAGGUAAAAAUGAAACAAGCCGAAACCGAAAUGAAAGAGCACAAGAGUGUUGAAGGGUGUUUAUCGCCUUUUCUGCCCUCUCGCUGUCGCUUUCUCACAACACCUCUGUUCAGGACCCAGGACACACUCGUUUUUCAGUUUCGGCAUGCAUGUGAGGUUUAUUUGCGUGACCGUCUGCUCUGAUGCCUCUUUAUAUUUUGUCUCUCGUCUUUGUUGAUUUGUUUCAUUGUUUCAUUUGAUUUUUUCAUCUGUUUAGUAUAGUUGUAGGCAUUGUAAAUCUUUGUCUCGAUGUCUAGUAUCUUUCUCUUUGCCUGCUUGCUCAUCGAGGGCUGAAUCUUGUUGUAAACAGAAUUGUCUUGUCAGAUUGUGUUGUAUAUUAAAAAAAAAGAGAUUUUUAAGAAAACAAAUAUUGUGAAUAAAGUACUUGCCCAUG